UUGAUCGCAACACCCACAUCUGCAUUUCAUCUUGAAAACCUUGGGACACAAACCAAGAUUUACAUUUGCGUGGAAAAAAAAGAGUGGAACAUGCAGAAAGUUGUAAGCAUGCAACAGAAGAUGCAACCUGUACAAAUGCAAAAGAAGGCAAAUCAAAGGCGGGAGACGAACAGAAGACAAACAUUGGACCGACUGUGUUCCGGGUCAGGCUUGCUGUUAUCUCUUUUGUGUUUCAUUGCGCUGAUUCACCAAGAACUUAAGAUACAAGAAAAUCAUCGGCUGAUAUCACACUCAGCAAAGUUCUGUGAUAAGAUGGAGAGAGAGAUCUUUCGACUGGUAAAGAUAAACUACAGAACCCAAAACGUAGACAAAGGAAACAAGCCAAAAUCAACCAAAGGUUUUCGCGAAAACGCUCCAAGAGUAAAACGAAACCUAGCUUCAGAAUAUCUGUUAAUGAAUGCAAAUUCCACAAACACUCUUGUUGGUUUAAUCAGACAAGAACUUAAUUUGCUUCAAAACCAAGUAUGUGCUAAGGAUCACACACUCUGCCGGGCGAGACCAAAAGGUAACAGGGGACGACGAGGCAGACCAGGGAGCCGAGGUAAACCAGGCCCCCCAGGGAGACCCGGGCUAAGCGGAUCCCCUGGUAAACAUGGUCCCAUUGGACUUCAAGGACCAAAAGGAACUAAGGGAGACAUCGGAAUACCAGGGGAGCAAGGUCCUAUGGGACUCAGAGGCCCGUCAGGUGUUAAAGGCGCCAAAGGCGAGCCGGGUCAGUCCCUCUCAGCUCCAUCUCUGCGAGAGCGUCCUGUUGGAACGACAGUCAACGAGAGUCAGACAGCCAUGCUGAAAUGCACAGCGGAUGGUAAUCCACAUCCAAAAGUAACGUGGUCUAAGCUUAAUUCGUCGCUUCCUACCAGACGUCACGUGGUAGAGUCCAGUGGCACGCUUAUGAUGACGGAUGUAAGGCCAGAGGAUGACGGAAUUUACAUUUGUAAUGCUAAAAGUUUGUUGGGUGGAGUAAAUGCAUCGGCGAAAUUAACUGUUCAAUUCGCUCCUCAGAUCAUGUUGUCAUCAAAUGCAUUAUUAGCCGAGGAAGGACAAAACGUGUCGGUCUCCUGCACUGCUUCUGGUCUGCCUCAACCAAAUGUCACUUGGUCAAAGGCUGUUAGAGGUUUGCCUUGGACUGGAAAAACAGCGAAAGGGAAUGGAACGCUGACAAUCUACGGUGUUACAAAGAAGGACAGGGGAACUUACAUCUGCAAAGUGGAGAAUAUAUUAGGAUCAGUAGAAGACACCGCCCAGCUCAUGGUAUUUCCUCGUUUACAGUUCAAAGUUCAUCCCCCCAAAGAACUGACUCCAAUGUUAGGUUCGACUGUUCAAUUGGCAUGUGCUGCCGAGAGUGAUCUAAAACCCACAGUCACCUGGACAAAGGAUGGAAAGUCUUCAUUACCGGUGCUGCUGAACGGAACACUCCUGAUCCACAACAUCACCAGGUCACAUGAAGGAAAUUACACCUGUAGAGCAACUAACGCUCUUACAAUAAUAGAAGCCAAAGUCAAAAUCAACUCUCCGGUGUUCCCCAAAUCCUGUUCCGUGAUAAGAAAAUACGCCAGUAGUAUUAGCAGAAAUUACGUCAUUGAUCCAGAUGGCGAGGGAGGCCUGGCACCAUUUACGGUUUACUGUGACAUGAGUGACAAGAAUGGAGUUGGCGUGACGGUCAUCAGUCACAACAGUGAAAGCAGGACGUACGUGCGUGGUCAUGCUGGUCGAGGUAGUUACUCGCGAUUCAUAAGUUACACAGGAGCAAGUUUCCCUCAGCUGGCGAGUCUCACCAAAGUUUCUUCAAAAUGCGAACAAUUCAUCAGUUAUGAGUGUUACAGUUCCAAGAUGAUGGGACUCGGAUAUGCCUGGUGGGUGUCUCGUGAUUAUACAAAGAUGAAUUACUGGGGCGGAGCACCUCCUGGUAGCGGCAAGUGCGCAUGCGGGAUGACUAAUUCUUGUGCAAACUCCUGGCGUGUAUGUAAUUGUGAUGCCGAUGACAGUGCAUGGCGGGAGGACAGCGGUCUCCUCACUGACAAAAAUACUCUCCCGGUCAGACAGCUGAGGUUUGGGGAUACCGAUACAGACAGUCACAGAUAUAGCCAUUAUAACCGAGGGGGUAAAGGCUAUCAUACCCUUGGAAAAUUUAAGUGUUAUGGAUCGUCUUGAACCCAUUGCCGACAGCACAGUUCUGAGAGCUCCACUUAGUUCGAGCUUGUGAAAAUUGUUGUAACAAAAAAAUAGUAGGGUUAAUGAAACCCGUUUGAACCAGGCUCUAGGUUCACUCUCCCUUGAAGAAGAUAUAUUACAAACUGAAUACGUAGUUGAUUUUUCGGACAUCAAAAAAAAUUAUGUCAUAGAUUGUUAGGAAAGAAAACUUGUCUAAUUUCAAAAUAUAGCUUUCCUAUGGAAACAUGGAUAGAAGAUGUCCGUGAGUAGGAAAAACAGAACUAAAAAAUCUCAUAGAAACUCGAAACACGCAAAUUUUUAUAAAUUUUGCGCGUGAAUGUAGUUUUAGUCAGGGCCUCAUGGUUAAUAUCGACUUGGCAAAAGUUUCAGCUACUUUUUAUUUCACAUCUAAUACAUUACAUCUUUCU